AUGUCCGAUAAUGUAGGCCUGUCCACGCCACGAGGCAGCGGCACCUCCGGCUACGUACAGCGCAACCUCGCGCACAUCCGGGCGCGCGACUCCGCAGCGCCUUAUCCCAAGGACUACGACAGCUUGCGCCACAAGCAGCGGCAGCCGGACAAGGGCAUCCUAGAGCAUGACCGCAAGCGCGAGGUCGAGGUCAAGGUGUUCGAGCUGCGCGAUGAGCUAGAGGACGAAGGCGUGGACGAGGACGAGAUUGACAAGCGCUGCGACGAGCUAAGGCAAAAGUUGCUUAAGGAGCAGGAGAAGGAUAGCAGGAGAGGCGCCCCGCCGCGGAAGGGCUUCAAGAUGCACCAGGUCCACGAGCUGGCUGAUGCCAAGAUCAAAGAAAGUGAGAAGUUACGGCAGGCACUCAAGAUCAGCAAGGAUUACGAGGAGGGCAGCCACUGGAAGCGGCAGGAAGAGAGGAUGAAGAAAUCACUGGAAAAGGAGACGGCAAAAGGCGAGGAAUGA